GUUUAGGCUUUCAGGAGCAAAUUCACAUGUUCUGGAUCUGCGGUGGAAACAUCUUUUCAACAUUACUCCAUCGGUUGUUUUUUGCGACUGAGUGCCGUAGCGGGAUUCGGCGUCGGGUGGUUGUAAUUUGGCUUGUUUGCUGGCAAAGGCAGCAGUCGCAGACCACAAGCUCGACGGGAACCACACGCGACGGCAUUGGAUGCGGACUAGCUUUGGCCGCCACGAACGCAAUCAAAACAAAAGACUUCCAAACCGGUAGAAGUGCGAGUUCGACUAUUGCCCUGUGUUUUGUCUUAUCAGUUGCAGUAUCAAUAUCAGAACCACCAUUCGCAGCGGCCAAAAAAGAACGGAUCCGAACUUAUUCAAUUUGGAGUUGGUCGUCCCCCAGGCACCAUGAGCAAAGCCAAAUCAGCCGCCCACGAGCCGACGAUCCACUACCUGGACAGCGUGCUAAGCGAGGAGGAAAAGAGGUGCUCCUACGGCCAUCAGUGGCGCAAUAUUUCCAUUUCCCGAUCCGGACGCUUUCGUUCGAAGAACAAAAAGCGGGAUGCGGUCGACGGAAAGUUCUUCGACGCCGGAUCAGGAUCUCUGCAGGACAUCGAGAAGGUCUCAAAUUGCACUUCGAAAAGCGCAUUGAACAAGAGCAUUGCCUCUUCGACAGGACCGAUGACGUCUCCAGUUCAGCAGGCAAGAAGCCAACGGGACCAGCCUGAGAGUUUUAAAAGUGUUUCCGAAACGAAUUUGUAGAGCUAUAU